CUGCAGCAUUGCUGCUUGCCGCAGAAGAUACACGGAGGACGCACGGAAGAGCAUUGGCUGCGACUAGAGCGCCUCCAGCAUUGUUCUUAGGUUGUGAGACGAUUGGACCUGUCAGCUCUGAGAAGGUUCUGAACAAUGGCGACAAGUGCGGCGGCAAAAGCGGCCUCCAUACACAACCUGACGUGCGGGACGUCUAGACAGUCGCGAUAUGAAACAAACGCAAGGUGUCCUCUGCUCCCGCAAUCACCUCUGCACAAAGCAGACGUGGUACAUUCUGGUCUAAAAUGUGGUGCAAGUAGAAAAGCUGUGUCCAGGGUAGGAAAAACUGUUGUGUUCCGGCAGCCAACCUGUGUGAAAGCGGCGGUGUCAACGUCAGAAGCUCCCACUAGCACAAGCACAGAACCGGGCAAGGUGUUGUUGGAGGUUGAGGGGCUAGAAGCGGAAGUUGCGGAUGGGGGCCGGCAGAUUCUAAAAGGGUUAAACAUCACAAUCCGAGAGGGGGAGGUCCAUGCAAUCAUGGGGAAGAAUGGCUCCGGAAAGAGCACCCUCUCAAAGGUGCUCGUGGGUCACCCGGACUACGACGUGACAGGGGGCUCCGCCAAGUUCAAGGGCAAGGACCUGUUUGAGUUGGAGCCGGAGGAGCGGAGCCACGCGGGCCUGUUCCUCAGCUUCCAGUCGCCCGUCGAGGUGCCAGGUGUCAGCAACACGGACUUCCUGCGCAUGGCGCACAACGCGCGGCGGCAAGCGCAGGGGCUCAAAGAGCUGGACCCGUUAGAGUUUUAUGCGUUUCUGACGCCCAAGCUGGACCAGCUCAAAAUGGACGCCAGCUUCCUCUCAAGGAACGUCAACGAGGGCUUCAGCGGGGGGGAAAAGAAGCGGAACGAGAUUCUGCAACUCGCCGUUUUGGAGGCCGACCUCGCGAUCCUAGACGAGAUUGACUCCGGGCUGGACAUCGACGCACUGCGGGACGUCGCGGAGGCGGUGAACGGGCUCCGUAAAUCAAACAACGCGGUUCUGCUCAUCACGCACUACCAGCGGCUGCUCGACUACAUCACGCCCGACUUUGUGCACAUCAUGCAAAGCGGACGGAUAGUCAAGACUGGCGGAAAAGAGUUGGCAAAGGAACUAGAGCAGGGCGGAUACGGUGCUCUGGGGCCUAUGUAAACGGACCCCCAUCUCGCGGAAUCCUCGUGGCCUCCGAUAAAGUACCUGUGUUUGCAAAGUUGUGCUGUUGCGAAACGCUAUUUUGUAAUAAGUCCAUACAUUGGUGCUGUAACACGCUCUUGUUGACAUGUUAACAUAGCCAACUGUGGGAGAGUGUGACGAGUUCUACGUCGUUCGCUUCCGACUUCUGAACAUAUGUGCUUCCUCUACGCGAAGUUUGAGCCUUUGACUUGUGACUUGCCAUUGAAGAGCUUUCAGG